AUGGACCGCGGGUCCAGCGCCUCGCGCGCUCUCUUCCCCACGGGCCCCAGCUUCACGCUCGAGGACUUCUCGAGCCCCGACUUCAUCGUCAGCGACUUCAUCGACCACCUAACCGAUGCCGCUCUGCCCACGAACCGCCGGUCCGGCCCCGCCCAUCACGCCUUCGACCCGAAGCCGCUGAUCCGGACCUUCGAAAAUGCUCUACAGCAACUAGCCGCCCUGACCGAAGAGCUCCAGGAGAAGGAGUCCGAGCUGCUGUUGCAAGUACGCCGCGCCGAAAUCCAGCACGACCAGACCCUCGAGACCCUGGGCCGCAAGCUGGACCAGUCCAUGGCCCAGUUUGAGGCCCUGGACCUAUCAUUGAAUAGCAGUGCGAACAGUCCUUCCACAACCUCGAACGCCAAUGCCAAUGUUGCCGUGCAGAUCGGCGAGAAGCUUGAAGAGCUCGACCGCAAGCGCCGCAAGGCCCAGGAUGCCAACUUUCUGAUUCAGUGCUGGAUUGAGGUCAGCGAGACCGGCCAGUUGACAUCCCUCGAGGAGAUUCAGCGCCAGGGCGGUCCUGAGAAUAAAGUGCGCUGUGCGGUCAUCGCCCGGCAGCUGAUGCGCAUCAGCCAACGCCUAGACCCGGCAUCGUGGGCGACCCCGAACUCUCGUACUGCCGCCCUCACCAAUGGCGGUAUCACCAACGGCGUGACGGGCGCCGUGCGCCCCAGGCACAAUACACGCGAGGCUCUCGAGAAGUUUUGCGAGCUGUUGGAGCAGGACCUGUUGAAGCAGUUCAACAACAGCUACCGCCGCCAGAACUUCGACGACAUGAUGGACUGCGCCCGCGUGCUGCAUGACUUUAAUGGCGGUGCCAGCGUCAUUGCGGCAUUCGUCAACCAGCACCAGUUCUUCAUCGACCGCGACCAACUGCUCGCCGAUGAGGUUACCACUGACAAUGAGACGUGGGAACGCCUGGCCGAUCCGGACUCCGAGCCGCCAGGAGUCGAGCCGAGCCUGCAGUCGCUGGUCGACGAGGUCCGGAUUGUCAUGCAAGAGGAGUCUUUCAUCAUCAAGCGGGCUUUCCCCUACUACGAGACCGUCCUAGUCAAGUUCAUCCAGCGUGUCUUCCAGCAAUCUAUCCAGCAGCGUCUGGAGAUGGUGCUGGACAAGGCGACUACGAUCUCAACCCUGGCAUUCUUGCGGUCCUUGCACUCAUCGCGUGCUUACCUGGCAGCACUGGUCGAGGACCUCAAGACACAUGGUCUAACAGAGCACCCAGAGCCAUGCACAGCACACAUCGCCCAAACCCUAGACCAACAACUCGAAGAGCUCUUCAUCCCCUACCUCGUGGGCAACUCGUACAUCGAGCGCGAGCGCAAGAGCCUCGAAGAAAUGUACAACUCUCUCCUCUUCAAGUUCACCCUCUAUCACUCCCGCCGCAAAAAGGCCCCUACCGGCUUCAUGGCUGCCAUUGCUCAGCAAGGCACCCAGCUCCUAGCAUCCGCCAAAGACGCCUACAUGGAGCGUCUCGAGUCCUCCGACCUGACCCCAACCCAAAAGCGCAUCAUGCUGCGCGUCGCUCGCAUCUCAGAGAGCGGCCCGUCAUCCAACACAUCCAACAGCAAAAACGACAUCGAACUCUCCGAGCAGGACGGCGCUCUCAACGUUGCCUAUGCAAAGCGCAUGAUCGGCUGGCUGGCUGAGUCCGUCCGGCGGACACUGGAAAUGGGCUCUGCCACCGACACCCCCAAAGACGUCCAGACCCUCCUACACCUGCUGCUCACCAGCGUCGGGCAAGUCUACGUUGAGACAGCGCUCGACGCGGCUCUGGACAUGUCCACUUCCCAAGAAUCAACCAAGACCGAGCCCGAUCUUUCCUACCUACCUACGCUCCGUCCGGCAGUGACAAUCACCAACCUCGUCUCACGCUUCGUCACGACCGUAUUGAUCCGCCUGGCAGAGGGUAACACCACAGUCCGCCGGGCAAUGGAAUCCUCCCUGCGCCAAGCAACCGAUACGAUCGAGCGCAAGACCAACGCCGUGCUGCGCUCCACUCUCGACGUAGCCAUCAACUGGAUCUCACGCGUCUUGAGUCAACAGAAGAAGACAGACUUCCGACCUCGCGACGCGGAACUGGAGGAUUACCUCGUCGACGCCCUUCAGACGCCCACUUGCCAAGCUAUCUGCACUUUCCUAUCCACCAAGCUGUUGCCGACACUCCGCUCGGAUGCAGGGCUGGACGGCGCCAACCUCGAGAUUUUCGCCUGCGAGUUGGCUGGGGCUGUCAGGAGACUACUGAUGGAGCACUUCAAAAAGUUCCAGGUUAACGCGACCGGCGCGUUGAUGGUCACAAAAGACAUUGCCCGAUACGUGGACACCCUCCGCGCAUGGCCCAUCACGAGGGAAGUAGAGACCAGUCUGGAGGUGUUGACCGAGGUCGGGUACUUGUUUAUCAUCGGGCCGGAGGCACUCAAGGAGAGAGGGAAGACGCUUGUUGGGGGUAGUCAGCAAGGGGGCAAGGGAGGUGAGAAGGCAGGCAAGGUGGAGGUUAUCCCGGGUGAGCCGAGGCUCAGUAAGGCUGAUUUUAAGGCUUUUGUGCAGAGAAGAGAGGACGCGGGGAGUGCGGCUGUGCAGGCGGUUUUGGCCUCGUUGUAA